AAUAUCUAAUAGGUCUACAAGAGUGAUUAAGAGAGAGGGAGAGAGUGAAAUAUAGAGAGAGAGCACGGAGGAUGCCGGCGUUUACUGCAGCACUCCUGCACGUUCCCUUGCUCGGCCAGCCGACGGCCGGCGCCCAGCCAUGGCGACGACCUUUCCUACACCUACACGCUCGCCGUAGACCAUGUGGGCCCAUGCUAAUAAGCAAAUCCCCGUACCCGGAGUCAGGAGAAGCACACGAACGGGCAGUUGAUGGACGUCGUGGACACACGGAUGAACCAAGCGAGACGACAAGCAUGAUCGAUGCCAUCAGAGCAGCAUUGAGGUCAAUCGGAGAGGGUGAGAUUAGUAUUUCAGCCUAUGACACGGCAUUGGUCGCCCUUCUCAAGAACCUAGAUGGGGGUGAUGGGCCGCAGUUCCCAUCGAGCAUCGACUGGAUCAUCCAGAACCAACUACCAGAUGGUUCAUGGGGUGAUGAUGCCUUCUUCAUGUUCAGAGACCGCAUCAUCAGCACCCUAGCAUGUAUUGUGGCGUUGACGUCUUGGAACAUCCACACCGACAAAUGCGAGAGAGGUUUGUUGUUUAUCCGAGAAAAUAUGUGGAGGUUGGCCGAUGAGGAAGAGGAUUGGAUGUUAGUCGGAUUCGAGAUUGCCUUCCCCUCACUCCUAGACAUGGCCAAGGACCUGGAUCUGGACAUCCCUUAUGAUGAGCCAGCCUUGAAAGCGAUAUAUGCCCAGAGAAACAGAAAGCUCGCUAAGAUUCCGAGAGAUGUACUACACGCUAUGCCAACGACUCUACUUCACAGCAUAGAGGGAAUGGUAGACUUGGACUGGGAAAAGCUCCUUAAGCUCCGGUGUCUCGAUGGGUCCUUUCAUUGCUCACCUGCUGCGACAGCUACUGCUCUCAAACAAACAGGAGACAAGAAAUGCUUCGAGUACCUUGAUGGAAUCAUCCAAAAGUUCAAUGGCGGAGUGCCCUGUAUCUACCCUCUGGAUGUGUACGAACGCUUAUGGGCGGUCGAUCGGUUGACGAGGUUGGGCAUAUCAAGGCACUUCACAAGUGAAAUUGGGGAUUGCUUAGACUAUAUUUACAGGCACUGGACUCCAGAGGGGUUAGCUCAUACAAAGAACUGUCCGGUAAAGGAUAUCGAUGACACGGCCAUGGGUUUCCGUCUCCUCCGACUUCAUGGCUACCAUGUCGACCCAUGCGUGUUGAAGCACUUCGAGAAGGACGGCAAGUUCUUCUGCUUGCACGGGGAGUCGAACCCAUCUUCCGUCACCCCCAUGUACAACACUUAUCGGGCCGCCCAGGUCACAUUUCCUAGCGAUGACGACGUCCUUCGGCGGGCUGCAGUAUUUUGCCGCGCAUUCCUCCAAGAGAGGAGAGGCUCAAACAAAAUGAAGGACAAGUGGGCCAUUGCCAAGGACAUCCCAGGCGAGGUCGAGUAUGCCAUGGACUUCCCAUGGAAAGCAAGUUUGCCACGAAUUGAAACGAGGAUGUACUUGGAUCAAUAUGGAGGCAGUGGCGAUGUGUGGAUUGGGAAGGUCCUCCACAGGAUGACUCUCUUCUGCAAUGACCUGUACCUCAAGACAGCCAAAGCUGACUUCAGUAAUUUCCAAAGAGACUGCCGAGUUGAGUGGAAUGGCCUUAGAAAGUGGUAUUUCAGGAAUAAUCUUGAGAAGUAUGGUGGGACUCCAAAGAGUGCACUGACAGCUUACUUCUUAGCUUCAGCGAACAUCUUCGAGCCAAACCGAGCAGCGGAACGUCUUGGAUGGGCUCACACAACGGUGCUUGCCGAGGCCGUCUCCUCACACUUCCGGAGAAUUGGGGGACCAAAGAAUUCAACCGAGAAUCUUGAAGAGCUUAUCGACCUUGUUCCGUUUGACGAUGCUUCUGGCAGUCUUCGUGAAGCUUGGAAGCAGUGGCUCAUGGCAUGGACUGCAAAAGGGAGCCACGGGUCAAUUGAAGGGGAUACAGCACUAUUGUUGGUUCGCACGAUCGAGAUUUUCUCAGGAAGGCAUGUUUCGACCGAGCAAAAACUGAACCUUUGGGAGUAUUCCCAGCUCGAGCAGCUCACCUCUUCCAUCUGCUGCAAACUUUCCAGGAGGGUUCUUGCUCAGAAUGGGGAAAGUAUGGAGAACAUUGAGGACUUAGACCAGCAAGUGGGCUUGGAGAUGCAAGAACUGGCUCGGCGUGUUCUUGAGGGCUGCAGCGCUAUCAACAGAGUGACCAGGGAGACAUUUCUCCAUGUGGUGAAGAGCUUCUGCUACGUCGCCUAUUGCUCUCCUGAAACAAUUGAUAGCCACAUCGACAAGGUCAUAUUCCAAGAUGUCAUUUAGGAACAAACCCCAUUAUGUCCCGUUUAAGUUCAUGUUAAUGAGUACGCAAAAUAUGUACUGCAUUCCUAAGAAAUAAUUGUACACUGUGUGGGCUGUGUGUGCCUUCGUGUGCAGAGGCCGGGAGAUUUGUACUCUUUCACGAUCAGUAUCAUAUUGAUGCGAUGGCUUUGAGCAACAAAA